AUUGGACCUGCGACGGUUCUGGAAAGAGGCAGGCCUGGCUGGGCCAGGCCUGGGAAAAGGCUUUGGGGCAGGAGCGGGCGGCAGCAGGGGUUCGGCUCUACUUGUACCUCAGGGAUGCCCACCCUUUCAGUGUUCUUAGAUGUGCCCCUCGCCCAGAAGCCAGAGGACAGCUUAUUAAAGACCUACAAGCAAGAUGAUUAUCUUAACAAGAUGUUCCUGGCCCACAGAGUCUGCAUGACUAGCCAAGGCCAGCCCUGGGUUUCUUCCGUGGUGCACAAGGUCCGACUGCAGAUCGCACAGGAUCCCUCUCUGAACUAUGAGUACAUGCCGGUGACGGGCAUGCAAUCGUUCAUCCAGGCCUCCUUGAAACUCCUCUUCGGCAAGCACAACCCAGUCAUUGCGGAGAACCGGGUAGGGGGUGUGCACACUGUUGGUGACAAUGGUGCCUUCCAACUUGGGGCCCAGUUCCUCAAAAUUUGGCAUCAAGAUUCUCAAAUAGUUUACAUUAUUUCUUCUAAAAAAGAGCCACAUGGACUCGUCUUCCAGGACAUAGGCUUUAAAGUGUCCGAACACUCCUUCUGGGACUCCAAGAAGCUGUGCAUGGACUCCAACGCGCUUCUAAAUGUGGUAGAGGAGGCCCCACAUGGCUGCAUCUUUGUGAUCGGGAACAUUGGUGACUGCAAGCUGACGCAAAGUCAGUGGGCAAGGUUGAUGGCCAGCAUGAAGAGGAAGCAGAUAUUCCCAUUUUUUGAUAUUCCCUAUCAAGGCUUCUCCACUGGGGACCUAGAAGAAGAUACUAGAUUCUUACGAUACUUUGUGUCUCGAGGCUUUGAGUUCUUCUGCAGCCAGUCUCUGUCCAAGACUUUUGGCAUCUAUGAUGAAGGAGUGGGGGUCCUGGUCGUGGUGGCCCUCAACAACCAGCUCCUGCUGCGCGUCCUCUCCCAGCUGAUGACACUCACCCAGGCCCUGUGGCGAAACCCUCCUACUAUGGGCGCUCGCAUUAUCACCUCCAUCCUCUGUAACCCUGCUCUUCAUGAAGAAUGGAAGCACAGCCUGAAAGGACUUGUAGGGGACAUCAUGCUGGUCAAGGAAAAGGUGAAGGAGAAGCUCCGGCUCCUGGGAACCCCUGGCUCCUGGGAUCACAUCACAAAUCAGAAUGGGCCCCAUAGCUAUCUUGGACUCAACUGCCCUGUGACCAUCACCAGCCAAACAGGUGGAAUACCUGGUCAAGGAAAAGCAUAUCUACAUCCACAAGAAUGGCCGGAUCAACUUCACUUGUAUCAAUGCCUGCAAUAUAGAUUACAUCACUCAGAGCAUCAAUGAAGCUGUCCUCUCCACCAAGGGCUCACCGUAAUGUCCUCAGACAGUCACUGUCUCCUGGUCAGAAUAAAAAGCUUUGGUCUUUG